UGUAAAUACAUAAUAUAAUAUAAAAUGGCCCCAAUAAUACCUACUACUACAACUAUAAAAUCAAAUAAAAAUACUGCAAAGUCGGAUGCAGGUAUUAUUUUAUAUCUAAUAACUGUAUUCGCAGCUAUUGGUGGUUUUCUAUUUGGUUAUGAUUUUGGCGUUACAAGUGGUGUAAUGGCUAUGCCACAAUUUCAAACCUAUUUUAAUCCAUUAACUCCUGAAAUUAAGGGCGCUCUUAAUUCUUUAAUGGGUUGUGGUGCAGUCUUUGGUUGUUUAAUAAGUGGUUUUAUGUCAGAUCGAUUUGGUCGAAGAGAUAGUAUUGGAGGAGCAGCAAUCAUAUUUAUUAUUGGUGGUAUUCUUCAAUGUGCUUCACAAAAUAUUGCUAUGCAAUUAAUAGGUCGUUUUAUUUCUGGUAUAUCUGUUGGUGCAUGCUCUGUUCUAUCUCCAAUGUAUAAUGCAGAAUUGGCACCUAAGGAAAUUCGUGGCCGCCUUAUUGGUUUUCAACAACUUAUGAUUGAUAUUGGUAUGCUAAUAUCUGCUUGGUUGGACUAUGGUACGAUCUAUGUUCAAAAUGAUUGGUCAUGGCGUAUCCCUUACUUGGUUCAAAUUAUCCCUGCUAUUCUUUUAGCAGCUUGUCCCUUUAUUUUGCCUCGUUCACCUCGUUGGUUGAUCGAAAAGGGCCGUACAGAAGAAGCACUUAAGGUCCUUGCGUAUGUGCAUGGGAAAGGGGAUGAACAACAUCCUUAUGUACUUCAAGAGUUUAAUGAGAUUAAUGAUAAUAUACAAUUAGAAAAUAAUGUUGCUGUUGAUUCCUAUUUGAGCAUGUUAAAGGACCCACGAAAUCAUCGUGUUCUUUGGAUUGGUUGUUCUGUUGCCAUAUUCCAACAAUUAACAGGUGCUAAUGUCAUUAUGUAUUAUGCUGCUUUUAUGUUUCAGCAAGCCGGUUUGAAGGGUUCACUUUCGUUAUUAGCCAAUGGCAUUGAUUAUGCCGUUAUGGUUAUUUUCUGCCCUCUUGGUAUGUAUCUUGUUGAUAAAAUGGGUCGUGUAAAGCUUAUGUUGAUUGGAUCUAUUGGAAUGUGUUGUGGUUUCUUUAUUAUGGCAGGCUUAUAUGGUGGCGUAGGUUAUACAGAAUGGAAUGAAGAACAACUAAGUCACGUUAUUAACAUGAGUAAUAAUCCCUCUGCCGGGAAUGCAGUGAUUGCAUUUAUUUUCAUUUUUGUUGCUUUUUAUGCUACCACUUGGGCACCUGUUGCAUGGAUUUAUAUUGCUGAAAUAUUUCCGUUAAGAAUUAGAAGUAAAGGGUUUGCUUUAGCUUCUGCCAUUCUUUGGCUUGGUAAUAUUUUAGUUGGACAAGUCACUCCUAUUUUGAUGGAUAAGAUUACAUGGGGAACAUAUAUUCUUUAUGGCGUUAUUGGUAUUGUCAUGUUGAUUUGGAUGUUCUUAUUCGCACCAGAACCUAAAGGUUUAUCAUUAGAAGAAAUUGAAGUUGUUUUCCAUGGACCUAUUAUUGUAACUAAUUUAAACUAUGAUCAAUAUUUGAACGCUCAUAAUGAAGACGUUGAAAGAAUUCGUCAAGAUAUAAAUAAUGAAAAGAUGUAAA